CUCAUCUAAGCCCUGGCACAGACUAACAUCAAUAUGAAUUUCCAAGAUAAAGUAGUCAUUGUAACUGGAGCCAGUUCAGGAAUUGGUGCAGCGAUAGCAGUGGGUUUUAGCUCCGAGGGUGCACGUAUGGUGAUAGUUGGUCGCAAUGAGAGUAAACUAGCCUCAGUAGCAGCUCGCUGCAACGAACCACUUGUGGUGAAAGCUGACGUUGGAAACGAUGAAGAUGCAAAACGUAUAAUCGAUCGAACGAUUGAUCAUUUUGGACGAAUUGAUAUUUUAGUUAACAAUGCUGGUAUCGGAGUAUGGGGAACGCUCGUUUCAGGCAAACUUGUUGAGUCGUAUGACACUGUUAUGCGGGUCAACCUUCGAGCUGUGGUAAAUUUGACAUCACUAGCUACUCCUUAUUUAAUUCAGACUAAGGGUAAUGUUAUCAACAUAUCAAGCAUCGGAAGCUUAAUUCCAGCAAUUGGAAGUUCUGGUUUUUCAAUGUAUGCUGUGUCGAAAGCAGCUAUAAAUCAUUUCGGUGCAUGUGCUGCUGCAGAAUUAGCAGAGUAUGGAGUAAGAGUUAAUACUGUAAGCCCUGGUCCAGUUGUUACAGAUAUUUUGGAAAAUGCGAAAUCUCCCAUAACAUGGGAUGAUUUCGAAAAAAUGACUGCAUUGGGUAGAGUAUCUCAACCAGAAGAGAUAGCAGAUUUAGUAAUGUUUCUCGCGAGUGACAAAGCGAAAGCUAUUACCGGAUCUAAUCAUGUUAGUGACAAUGGUCUUCUUGUUAAACGUUACUAAUUGUAAUGAUAGUGAUUGUAAGGAUUUUUUGUAAAGUGAUGUGUUAAAUAAAAAGUAAUGUUUCAGAUAGAUGACUAACUUUAUUACGUCACUAACAAAUCUAACUUUUUUAGUUUUAUUAAUAGUAUUAUUUGCCAUGAUAACAUGCAUAUUAUAUUAAAGAU